AAGAUAAUAAAAUAUUACACAGGGUUGUAUCCAGUGUUUUUAAAGUUGCUUUCAAAUUUAUUUAGUUUUAUGUUGGGAUUUUGCUUGCAGAAUAUAUGCAUUUCUUGAGGGCCAAAAAUAUCUGAAGCUUGAAAUUUAUUUACAGGUUGUCAGUAAGCAUGAAAACAGAUGAGGGUCCUGCUCAGAAAACAAUCUCUUCUCCGAGAUAUGGUGUCUGAAGUUCGCUUUUCAUGCGGAUGCAAAGGCAGAUAAGAAGAUGUUUGAUCGGAAUAAACAAGCUGAUGAAGCCUCCGCUGCUUCAGCACAAGGUAAAGAAAGGCAAGGUAAUGAAGGCUCCUUACGGCAGGAAAGCAGUAGUAGCAUACAAGGACCAGAAUUGGCUGGGUCUGGACUACCUGUUAUGCAGAACAGGCAAGGCUAUUGCAACUGUUGCCAUGUACACUACAGUAAUCUUGAACAGCAUGUGUUCAGCUCCCAGCAUAGACAUUUUGCCACUUACUGUAGGAAUCGUACGGGUACAACUAGCCUGAUGGAACGUUUCCUGCAAGAUGUUUUGCAGCAUCAUCCCUAUAGAUACCACGACAACAGACCAACUUAUGAUGACAUGCCAUUCACCAGCCCCAGGCUUCUUCCCAGGGAUGAGGCUCUUCUUUCACCGGAAGCGAUGGAGAAAGAGAGAACAGCAGGGAAGGGGGAAGAACCGAGCACUGACAGUGGCUUCACUGCUGAGUCAGGCUGCCUUAUUUCCCAGAGAUCCCAUGAGGAGCUAAAGAAGGCUUCUGUGCCAGUCACACCUAUCCAAAAGCUAGAAAGAGGACAAAAACACAGCCUAGGAGCUUUGCAGCAAAUGGUGGAUGUCCCCAGUAGGCAUGUUCCAGAAGAAGGUGCUCUGACUGAAAGUAGUAGCCAUAAAGCCCCGUCUACAGCUGUGUACCUCUUACCCCAACCAUUGGCUGUUAGCCACUCAUCACUAAAACCAGAUUUGGUUUCAAAUAAAAUGUGUGAGCAAACGAAGCAGAGCCUAUGCAAUCAAGAUGGAUUACUGAAUCCAAAUUUGGGUCCUGUUUUGCAGUCAGCGAAAUCGAGAGCGAUGUCACUUUCACAUGAGAGUCCUGUCUGUAAUCAAGGCAACUCUUUAAUCUCAGGUCAGCUUUUUUUGAAACAAGAUGGCUUACAACCUCAGGAUGAAACUCAGCUCUCUGACUUCUAUCUCAGGAACACUAGCAACCCUGUGGGUAGCGGCAGCAGCCUGGCUUUUCAAACAGCUUCCCGAUUAUCAGGAAAAAAGGAAAACCAGUCAGGUAGAAGUACUGAAACUUCCGUAGAUGAAAUAAUUGAAGAAGUCAUUCUGAAAUAUUGCUAUGAAAUUCCCCCCCAAGAGUUGCCUUGCAGAGAUGAAGAUACUAAUUCCUGUGUAAAUGUUCUGUCGUUUCUUGGCCAGCGUAGUGUGCAUGGUUCAGACGUAAGUUUUGAUUGUGAUGCACCUGUACAGUCAGGAGCACUCUUGCCCAAGGCAACAGUUAAAAAUCUAGAACUUCUCAAAAAGGUUCAAGUAAACCUUCAAGAUGAGAACUAUGGCACCCAGCUCAGUUCCAUUCUUAAAAAUGGUUUUGUGCAGGAAGCGUCAGAAACAGAAAAAGAUGUGCCAGCUCAUAGUAAAGAGCCAGUUCUUCCAGCUCUGCCCCACGUGCCCCCUUCCUUUGUAGGCAAAACAUGGUCCCAGAUCAUGUAUGAAGAUGAUAUGAAAAUUGAAGCCCUUGUUCGAGACUUCAGAGAAGGUCGCUUCCGCUGCCACUUUGAUACUGAGUCCUUGGCUAAUAGUGCAAAGAGGAGGCUAAGAAAGAAAAAGCAGAAAGGUGACGGGAGGAUCAAUGCAACUGCAGCUAACGAAACAGAGGCUGCAUCAGCUAAAGGGCUUCCAGAAUUUACUGAUGUGUUAAGUGGGGACUCUGACUUCAGCAAUUCAUGUGUAAUCUCAGAAACGCAACACAUUCCAGAAACACCAAAGAGACCGAAAAAAAGGACUUGGCGCCUUGCCUCAAGGUGCCAAGUAGUCAAGGUUAGCCAUGGCACCCAAACUAGCUUGAUGCACUAUCCAGUAGUAAAACAAAAAAUCAUUAGGAAGGACUAUGAGCCGCCAAAUCAGAAAGCUAACCUUGUUUGGUCAGAGAGUGAGAAGACACCCACUAUGAAAACUAGACUCUGUGCCCUCAAGCUUCCUGAAUCUUAUACCAAAAUUAUGAGCCCUUUGCAGCCCAAAACGGUGGUCUAUGUUCUUUCUUGUCCAGAGAUGAAACAGUUCAGGAGCAAACCUGAAGAUGUUCCCAAAAUGAGAAGAAGCCACAACUCCACCGAUAGUAAGGACUCCAUACGGUACAGAUACAAACAGAGUUCUCUUAAGUAUUAUGACCCCUUGACUAACAGAGUUUUGAAAACGCCUCCCAAAAGCGUAGCUGGUGAAAAGGGAAAGAAGCCUCCACAUGUUCGGCAGCUGUUCAGGAGUCUCAACCUUAAUGCAAACAGGAAGAAACAAGCUGAUGCACAGUAUGAAUGCACGGCAGCAAAGUCUUUGAAUUCACUGGAUUUCCAUGGCUUGUCAGCAUCUUUCAGGCUUGACCCAGUUAAGGAGAAUGAUAUGAAUUCAGUCCAUAAGACAGAUGGAUCUUCUAUUUCCACAGAGAGAUCUGAGUGUCUGAUAUGUAAUAGUUCAGAGAAAUCUUAUAAACCCUUAGCCCUCUCACCACUGAACUCUCACCAGUCACAGCGGGAAGGUGACUUUAGGUUAACUCCAUUUAAUAGGAAGGAAGCCAAACCUCUUUUGAAGUCACAUGUGCCAGACUGUUUGGAAAGAGACAAUCCAAAGACAAUGUGGAGGAGGAGGAGGAAAGGCAAUAGUAGAGAACCAGGGUUUUCAAAAAAAGCUUCAGGACCAGCCUUUGUCAGGCAUAAUCUUGUUAGGCGAGGCAGUAGAAAACAGCCACCCAGGACUACAACUCAGCAAAAGGAGGGGAGGAUAAGAAAAAUGCCUUCUUGUACCUUAAAACCCUCUGCUUCAUCUAUUCCCAGGCACCAAACAAAGAAAGCUACUGUAGGAAAGCACCUUAAGAAAGAAAAACCUGAUGCUAAAAAACUAAAGGUGACAAGGAAGUCCAAGAGGACAUUUUUGAGCACUGCAGCUAUUAUGGGCAUUCCAGAAAAGAGGCAGAGAACUACUGCAAGGGCUUCUUCCAAAGUAAAGACAUGGGAGGUGGCUGGAGACAAGAGUCUCCUUUGCACUGUGAAAUGAACCACAUAGACUUGGAUUCCGCCUUGUGCUACAAAGAGGCAACCACGAACAGGCUUAAGAUUUACAAGGUUUUGUUGUAAAUCUUUUCAUAGAAUCAUAGAAUAGCAGAGUUGGAAGGGACCUACAAGGCCAUCGAGUCCAACCACCUGCUCAAUGCAGGAAUCCACCCUAAAGCAUCCCUGACAGAUGGUUGUCCAGCUGCCUUUUGAUGCACCAGAGCUGGAAAUGGAACAGGUUCAAGGUCCAACAAUAAGCUAAUACAACUCUUCAUGUUGCAGCUCUGUGAGCAUGAUGCACAUUGCACUGUUCUGAUAUAUAAAAGCUAUGAAAUAACUUUGGUUAUUGUAAGCACUGAAGGCUCUGUUUAAUAGGCUUCCAUGCAAUUUUGUCACAGCAGAGAGAUACCAAACUUAAAAUUGCAUGUUAUUCUAUCUUAGUAAAAUAUAGUACACUACCUUGCAAGAGUGGAUACAUUUGCCUUGUACACAAGACUCAGUUUUCAUACCCCACGAUGGCUUGGAUCUAAAGGUCCUACUGCUUGAACAGAAGACAUUCCUACUUGUGUGGGGAAAGAUCACCAGGCCCCUGUCUGUAUGGUGCUGCGUCUUGCUCCCACACUUGUUUUCCUUUAUCUACAUGAGAAGGAACGCAAGCGUGAACCCUAACUUUCCCCUCUUUAAAAGUAAAACAAACACAACGGGGGGUGGGGAGAGGAGAGGAACAAGACCGUUCCUCCUCCUUUUGUUACUUUUUAUUAUUAUUAUCUGUAUCUUCACAGCUGUGGAAAUGCAGAUAAUAAAAAUAAAAAAAAAUGGGACGGGGAGAAACAAGGCAGUCAGAGGAAGAUGCGAAAGGGGGCAGGGACUCAGGGUGAACCACCUCCCUUUGGCUGCCCGUUCCUCUCCCCCAUUUAUUUUUAUUUUUAUUAUGUGUAUCUGCGCAGCUGCGGAGAUACAGAUAAUAAAAUUUUAAAAAGGGCCGGAGGAACGGUGCCAUUCCUCUCCUCCCCCCAUCUUUUUUUUGUUUAACUUUUACGGACACGGGGCCACCCAUGGCAACCAAUCAGGGGGUGCCAUGGGUUCCGCUGCCAAAAAAAUUGGGGUAAAUGCCCAACUUUUUUGGAGCGGAGUUUCCAGGGUUUGCCCCAGGAUGUCUUUGCAAUGGCGGCUGUGUCAUGUAGAUGAUGUGCCACUGCUGCAAACCCUUCGUGUAGACAAGCCCUAGUUUCCCACCAUCUGCAGCCCUCUGAAUCCUCCUCCAGAUGCUUUGAAGAAUUCCUGAUCA